GUUUUACAUUGCAAGCACUUAGUUCAUCCCCCGCGGGCCCAUGACUGCGUGUUGCUUCCAUUUCAAUUCCAUUCCCACAUGAGUAAGUGUAGAACGGAACAAGUUGUAGUUGAAGGUCGUUCAUCUUUGUUGUAGUAGUCGGGUACUCUCUAAUUAUCUUUCUGCCCUGAGCCUGACCCAGCAGGAACUCCUGCUAUUCUAACAGAUGGGCAGGACCGUGCUCUGAACAUUGCUUUCUUCAAACCUUCUCUGAACAUUGCUUUCUUCAAACGCGUUGUUGUUGGGUCUCCGGUAAGAAGUAGUCGCAGUGGAGGGCGACUACACGCGACAGGCGGACAUCAAAACUUCUAUACACAACCACAACAAAUCCGCCUUCUGCCUUCAUCUUCCAGUAGGAACCGAGACAGGACCGGCAGUAGCGUGAAAAUGAGUUCGUCCGGUGCAGCUGGUGGCCACCCGAACAACAAGUCGCCCCCUCCCUCGGCCGGGGGCGAGAUGCGCGGCAUGACGUCCUCGCGCGAGCUAUCCUUUUGUAAAAACAUCCCCACCUCGUAGUCAAGAUGGGGAAUCUGCUAGACAAAUCCAGAAGUUUUGGGGCUCGCGCAUGACAAGUUUGGGGGCGCAGCAUAGUCCUGCGUAGGUUUCAUCCCAGACGCAUCACAAAUCCACUCUCUCAUGCUGAUCCGCGCAUGACAAGUUACCCAAUACGAUGAGAAAAUGCCCGUCAUGCGGAGCCGCAUGAUAAAUGUUUUCUAGGCAGGCAGAUCUGCAUGACAACCCUGGGAUGGGGACGUUUUUACUCUGGAUACGAGCUGAGUCCGGUCGACGGCGAGCACGACUUUAUCCAGGACGAGCUUCUGCUGACAAGCCGCACGGUAUGAGAGUGCACAACUCCCCGUUUCCCUCAUUUGUCAUGCGAAAUCCCCAAUGAUCCAAUUGCUACCUUGUGGCAAUGUUCGCAUGGCAAAUUCCGGAAGCCCAAACAGUACUACAUCUUCACUAGGCGCACCACGAACUUGUCAUGCACAGGCUCUACGCGUGCUAGUGUUUGUAUUGCUAUCCAUGCCAUACAAAUGAGGGGGGAGAGGGAGCUGUGCACUCUCAUACACUGCGGCGGAUCUGAAACAGAGACGGAGGUGGAUCGACUAUCUACUCGUCGCGGGACUGGUAAUAUUCGCGACGGGAAUCUUGCUCGAUUUCUGUCUGGACACGGGCGUCUGCUUCCACAAGAAAUCCGCCCUCCCGCGGCGGGACGACGUUCUCUCGGGGAAGAAGCCCGAAAAAGAAACCACGACCGCCACGGGGGCGCUCAACAAGGAACCGACGGCACGGGACAACUCGCAAGGAAAGAAGGGCAGUGCUAGUGCCAGUGCCAAGAGCCCGCAAAAUACGGAGCUGCCGACCGUGCAGCGCACGAACGACAAAGGGGAAACCGUUACCCAGCAGCAAUUGGACCACGACUUCGCCAGCGAUGCGAAUUACCCACUCACGGUGCCGCUGACCUGCGGGAAGAGCCAAUUCCUUCCCUGCCUCUGGAUCCAGAACGGGGGAAGGCGAGGGAAGAAAAAGUUUCUUUUAUGGAUUGUAAAAAUGUCUGGGUCUGGAAACUUGUGAUGUUGGGUGGCGUAUCACGAGGAGGCCACAAGUGCUGGCUCAGCAUGACAAGUUUUUGAGCUUCUAGGUGCUAUGCCUAUUCUGCAUGACAAACAGCGUUUCUGCAUGACAGAAAAGUGGGGCUCUUGUUGGGUAAUGUGCAUGACAAGUUUAAGAGUCAUGUGAGACAAGCAUGACAAACUUGCAUUCUUCCAGACCCAGACAUUUUUGCACUUGAUAUCCUUCCGGCUCGGACGAUACAACGGGCGCCGUGGAGUUUCCCGCCCUGGUAUCAAAUGCAAAAAUGUCUGGGUCUGGAAAAGUGGAACUUGUCAUGGUAAAUCAGGAUUAUGCAAUAAAAAUCUGUGUUGCAUGAUGACCAAAAGGUGUCCACUUUUGACCAAGUUGAGAAGCAGUUUCUGAUGCAGGAUAGGCAUGAUGGAGACCUCGCAGAAGCUGUGAUGCUAGGAUCUGCAUUCCAAACCUCAUUGGCCAUUCAAAAUGUGCAUGACAAGUCUUGCAUUCUUCCAGACCCAGACAUUUUUGCAUUUGAUACCUGGAACCCAGCGACAAGACGACACUGAAGCUCGAGUUUGUCAUCCUAAACGAUGACACCCCGAGCGACAUCGCAGCCACUGAGGACUGGAAGGACCACGGCUUUCUCACGUCGGCUCCGUUUCUAUGAAAGUGCACAACUCCCCCUCCCCCUCCUAUGGAUGGCAUCCACAGCAACACAAGUGCUGGCACAGAUGCGGCUUUUGCAUGACAGAUUCGCGACCGAUUCUAGUGCAGUUUCGGCUUCGAGAAUCUGUCAUGCAAGCAGUGCCACCGGGCAAAGGGGGGAUUUGGCAUUUUGCAUGACAAAUGAGGGGGAGGGGGAAUUAUGCACUCCCAUAGUUUCCCACCAAGCCGGAAGUGGAGAACUUCUACCUGGAAAACCACUACUAUGGUAGUGUCAGGAUGGAAAUCGACAGAGUUGAAAUAAUUUGUGAUGCAUCAAAUGCAACCCACAGAAUGCCUGUCUUGCAGAGUAGGCAAGGCAGGCAGAUUGCAAGCCUGUUGCGGGGUUGUUGAAACUGAGCUGCUAAAGUAGCAUGACAAAAGGCGUCUUCCUUACCCAAACAGCAUGACAAGCUGGAUUUCGGUUCUACCCAAAUUUGUCAUGCGCCACUUGGAAGCUUGGUUACAACUGGCGUCCAUUUUAUGCAUGGCGAAUCAUUUCAAUUUUGACGAUUUCAAUCCUGACACUUCCAUAGCUACUACGCAAGCGACGACAUGGAACUCUCUUCGACCCUCGUGCAGGGCAAAAACGCGGCGCAGAAACCGCUGAAAAACUCGAAUUUGCAGCAGACGCACCUCGGCGGAGGCGGGAGCAGUAGUAGUAGCAGUUCUUUCAAUAUCGCAUGAAAAAAGUGUUACAGUUACACAUUUGUUGGAAUUUCAGCAUCACAAAGUUGCUCUGCAUGUCAAGGAAUAAAACUUGUGAUGCGCAGACUAUAAGGGAAAACACGAAUGAAAUGAGGCUGGCAGGCAUUUCCUGCAUGACAGAGGUUGUCUGUCUUGCUUGUCUUGCAUCAGAGUGUGGAACUGUAUUAACAAUUUUUUCUCACGAUAUUUAGUGCAGCCUCUUUCAUCCAGAUUGACGAGAAAGAGGAGCUACCAAAUGUAAAUAUGUCUGGAUCUGGAAGAUUCCCAGGUUUGUCAUGCAUAUUUUGCAUGACCCAUGACGCCUGUGAUGCAUGACCUAGCAUCGCAGAGUUUUAGGGGGCUUCCUUAUGCCCAAUCCGCAUGAGAAAUAUUGCCCGCUCCUUGUAGCAGAAACUGCGCUCCUCUUGCUAGUCAUGUAUAUACAGAUUUUUUAUUUUUUAGGAUUCAAGGAGAGCAUCACAAAUUGCAAUCUUUCAGAGGACCCAGACAUAUUUGUAUUUGAUAGGAGCCGCUGCCCUCGGCCGCCAGCGUCCUGGAAAAGAGAAGAAGCGUCGCAGAACUUCUAGUAGAGGACAAGUCCGACUACGAUCAUGAUGAUCUUUCGUUUUCGAAGUUACUAGAAGUGGGAACUUCUACAGGUGGCGGUGGACAACAACCUGCGCCACAGCAGGAACAUGUGCUGCUGCACAGUACAGCAGGAGAAGGAACAAGCGCGGCGGGAACAACAAAUCCUGGAAGUAGAGAAGUUGCGGACCUGAUGUCGGGAAAAAGUUCUUCCUCUUUCGCGCAAAGCCGGGCCGCGGUGGGAGUCGCGGAUCGUUCGCAGGAGGAGGAGGUCCAUCCUGUCAUGACAGUGGCAACGACCUUGGCAGAGGACGGGACGGCGACCCUGGACGAUUCUUCGGUGCAAAAUUUCGAGCAGCGGUUUCUUGCGUCCGCGCUGCAGCGACAGGAGAUGAAGGAGCAGAAAAUAUUAACGGAGGGGACGCAGCAUGGAGUAGUACUACAACUACCAGCAGAGAACAACAACAACCUGGCCCCGCGGUCGCGUCUCGCCUCGACGUUUUUGCAACAAAGCAACAAGAGGAACAAAGAGAACAAGUUCAACGACAAGGUUUCGAUGGGCAACAAGAACCAAAUGAAACCGGGACUUCCGACCGGGUCUUCCUCCAAAAUCGCCAUGGCAUCCUUGUGUAACGGGCAGCCAGCCAUGUUUCUCGUAUGCAUUGCAAAUAUCGAUCUGGGUCUGGAAAGAUUCGAACUUGUGAUGCGCAUUUCACAACGCACACAAAUCUCUCAUGGAUGCAUAGGCAGCAAAAGUUAAUACCCAUUUCCUGUCAUCCGAACAAUAGAGGACUUCUCAUGCGGCUUAGGCAUUGCGUAUACCUUCUCUAAACCUGUGAUGCUAGGGCGUCCAUGCCAGACCUUCCGUGUCAUGCGAAAACAGCAUGACAAUCUUGCAGAUCUAGACAUGCUUGCAUUUGAUAUCUCGAUUCAGAUGACGAAUUUCGGGACGCACUGGGCCACACGGACAUCAACCAAAUGGAUAAUUCGGCCGUGAUAUCCUAUGUAAAAACAUCCCCACCCCAUAGUCAAGAUGGGGAAUCGGCUAGACAAAUCCGCAAGUCUUGGCUGUUUGGCAUGACAAAUUUGGACUCGUAGUGUAGUGCUGUUUGAGGUAGUUCAGCAGCAUUAGAGACCUUGACCUAGUGCAUCAUGCUGAUUGGAGCAUGACAAAUUCCAAAACACGACUAGAGAAUGCUUCUCAUGGGGCUGCGCAUGAGAAACAUUUUCAGCAUGCAGAUUUGCAUUACAGCUAUGGGAUGGGGACUUUUUUAAAUACGAUACGUGAAAGAAAUUUUGGACGAGCUUGCUUUCAUCGCGGGGCAAAAGGGCUGGUCAGCUUGCAUGUACAUAUCAAAUGCAAAAAUGUCUGGGUCUGGAAGACUGCCAGGUUUGUGUUGCAUAUUCUGCAUCAGCCACGAAGCCUGUAAUGCAUGGCCUAGCAUCACAGAUUUUUAGAAGGCUUUGUGAUGCCUAUUCCGCAUGAGAGAUACCCUCUCCACGUGGCACAAACUGGCCUCGUCUUGCUGGUCAUGCAACACAGAUUUGUUUCGAAUUGAAAGACAGCAUCACAAGUUGGAUCCUUCCAGACCCAGACAUUUUUACAUUUGAUAGUACAUCGCCGAGGACGACUUCGAGUGCACGGAUGACGUGCACUAUCCAAGAAGAGAACGUUGUUAGAGUAAAUCUGUGAUGCGCAAUAUGCAAAAUGAUUGCGUCUGUCAUGCUUGGCAUGCGUCGUAGGGUCCAUUAAAGGGCGUUUUCACGUACUAUCUGCGCAUGACAGUAGUUUUUUGCGGUCAUGUCAGACAAAGUUGUAAUGCUGUUCCUCCAAAAAAGUUACACCUACAUUGUUUUUUUCUUGGAUAUGCACCCACACCGCAUCAGAAGCUACUUGGAGGUAUAAAGUAAAUGCAGAAAAACAAUGUAAUUUAGAGUCAUGAUUUUGCAUACUGCAUACGACUAAUUCUUUGUGUAGAUGAAGCAAUACCAGCAGGAACCAGGGAAGAUCAUAGGUUCUUUCUGAUUUGUUGCGAUCAUUCUGACAGGAUGUUGAAAAAAUAUGCAACAAAAAUAAACAGUCUACGAUGCUGAUCACUGGCGUCGUUUUCUCGGCGUACCUAUACGACUACUCCGGGCCGUCUUUCUCUGCGGUACGGAUUGCAAAUGCGUCUGUGGCUGGCGGGGUCGUGCAAACUUGUCAUGCUGCUUUUGGAUAAUGUUAAAAAAAGUCUGUAUUGCAUGAUGAGCAACUACAAGAGGAGUUCAGUUUUUGUGUCGCAGAUGAGAGGACAGCCCUUCUCUUCAUGCGGGAGAAAAACCGGUGACCAUGCUGGGGCACACAUCACAGACAUCUUGGGUCAUGCAAAAGGUGCAUGAGAAACGUUGCACUCUUGUUGUCCAGACCCAGACGUACUUAGGUUUGAUACCUGGAAGAAAAAGACAAAGUCGUCGCGGCGGAGAAGAAAUCAAUUUUGGCGAAGGCCUAUGCGUUGCAAAAGUAUCGUACUCAUAGGUACUAAUUGCAGAUAUGCAUAGCAAAUCGCUUUCCCAUGCUAAAACAGCAUUGCAAAUAAUCCCAUGAUCUGUCAUGCUAAGUCUUUGUCUUGCAGGUUAGAUACUAGUCCGAUGCUUUUGCAUUGCAUCAGCUCGGCUCGGUUGCGUUUGUGAUGCAGAAUCAAAACAAACUCGCGGACAUCGCCGACGAUGGGCUGCCGGUGAUAUGAGAGUGCACAACUCGUCCCUCCCUCCCUCAUUUGUAUAGCAUGAACGGCAAUGCAAGCGCCAGCAAGAAUGCCGGUCUUGCAUGACAAAUUUGCACAGAAGUGUAGUCCUGUUUGGGCUCCUUCCGGAGUUUCUCAUGCAAAUACUGCCGAGAGGCACAGCCUGGAUUUGGUAUUUUGCAUGACAAAUGAGAGGGAGGGGGAGUUGUGCACUGUCAUAGGUGAAGAGCUUUCUCUAUAAGGUACGUACCUAUUUUCUCAGGAUCGUAGUUUCAUCUCUACUCCUGCUGUUAUGAAGCUGUCUACAAAUAAGUAGAAAGAGAACUACGCAUUGUUAUGGCAUGACAAUGAAACACUCUCAAGCUGUUCAAGAUUGAUUUUCUCCAAAACAUCAGACGCGCAAGGACCUGGACCUGUCCAGUCGCUUCAACCUGGGUUGGUUCUACGUGCUGUGGCCCGAUUAUCCUGGCGAAGAAUACAAUUGUACGUCUACUUAUUUUUACCCAAAGAAUAAGAAACACGGUUGUGACGGAUCAUGUGGGUGCAGCUUAGUAACCGAAAAAAAGUCAGGUGCUGUCGUGUUUGUCAUGCGGCUUGAUGACAGACUGUGCAGGUGCAUUAUCGUGUGAAGAAGCUUGCUGUCUUCACCUUCCGCCUGCCCCGGCAAAAAUGAAAGGCGCUGUUUUCUGGUGACAAUAUUAAAUGAUGUACAAAAAAUUUCCUGUCCAUACCGUUGCGGACAACCCAGAAUUUUAUCAGGCGUGCGAACGGGCAGGGCGAAAUCUGGCCGCCAUCACGAUAAAAUAUCACAAAACGGUACUACUAGGAAAGAUGGGAAUUGUUUUCGGCGUUUUAUUUUUACCGCGUAGCUGUUGUUGAUGCAUGUUCAUGUAGUACCUAACGUUCUAUUGUGUUCUUGUCAUCGAUCCCAUUUCUUGCUGGUACGUCGCGGCGACUGCAGUGACUAGAAGGCUUAGUGGUUGUGGCGCUAAGGAGACAUCAGUAAAUCAACUGUAAGCACAAAAUGCAACCUGUCCAGGUUGCUAAAUACCCGCACCUGAUUCCGCUGUCCACCCUCCGGCUGCAGUUUCCCGAGCACGUGCGCUCGAAUGAGAAGGCGGUUUCGGCCACGUUCAAGGGCUUUCUGGUGCAACUAAAAAACCACUACCCGGAGUCCCUCACGGCGAAAGUUCCGGCGCCCAAGCGCGUCGAAGUGCGCACGGUGACGGAGGUUCACGGCGACAACGCGGAGGAUUCCAGCGCCGGAAAGCGACUUAGUGAAGCGGAACUGUACGAGAAAGCUGUCCGGAAAGUGCUGGAGCUAGAUUCCAUCGACAGUGCAAGCAACGCCUUUCUCCAACCCGCAGGCGCGGCGGGCGGACGGAGUAGUGCUUCAUCUGCGGCCCACCACCUCGGGGACGAGGAGGGGACCAGCAGUGGCGAAGCCGGUGACGCUGCAGCCGUCCUAUCAAAUGUAAAAAUGUCUACUGGGUCUGGAAGAAUACAAGAUUUGUCAUGCAUGUUUCAUAUGACCCAUGAUGCUUGAGAUGCAUGACCUAGCAUCGCAGACAUUUAGAGGGCUUCCUGAUGCACCUGCCGCAUGAGAAAUGCCCUGUCCGGGUAGCACAAACUGCACCCCUCUUGCUGGUCAUGCAAUACAAAUUUUUUUACCGUCCAAGAACAGCAUGACAAGUUGCAUUCUUCCAGACCCAGACAUUUUUACAUUUGAUACGUCCGCACCGGGCACGAAAGCGUGACACAGUUGGGGGACAUAUCGUGAGUAAAAAAGUCUCCACACCAGAGUCAAGAUGGGAAAUCUGCUAGACAAAUGAAAAAGCUUUGGUUGUUUCGCAUGACAAGCCUUUCCCCGUAAAGUGCAGUCCUGCUUAGCUAGUUCCGAAGCAUCACAGAUCUAGCCCAGCAUGCUCAUUCGAGCAUCACAAAUUACAAAACACGACUAGAAAAUGGCCCUCAUGGGGCGUCGCAUGAGAAACUUUUUUGGCAUGCAGAUUUGCAUGACAGCUCUGGGGAGGUGGGGACGUUUUUACUCAGAAUAGGACACGGCGUUUACGAACUCGGGCGACGGGAGUCGGUACGCCGAGGCCAGCGAGGAGCCAGACACCAUUGAGCCGGCCAGCGACGAAGCGGUGCUCGGUUCUUCAUCUCCUGCGAAAGAAGAGCGGGAGAAAAAGGAUUCGGUCACGUCGUACUCCGAGCGUCCAUUGGGGAAACGCAGCCAUCGCCACCGGUAGAAGUGGGAGGAAAGGAGUUUUUGGCAAUUAUGGGAGGUGACAGGAAAAUUAAGUACUAUGUGUUUUACCAUGGAGGAUCAUAGUACUCGUGCUCUUGUAAAUAACCGCUUCUCCAGUGGUGAAGAUUUUUAUUAAUGUACAAUCAAACGAUAACGAAACGGAAACGCCGUGGUCGUAGUCUUCGUCAUCGACUCGGCGUUGCUAGAAUCUUUUAUCUUUUACGCAAAAUCACAUAGAAGAUACGCAAUACGCAAUUCCUAGAAAUCAAGAAAAAUAUCAGAUGCAAGAAUGAACUCGAAUCAAGAUGAGAGAAGUGGAAAUAGAUGGUCUAGUUUUGUUUGCAUGCAAAGCCUUCUGAAAGAAUUAAAUCCUGUAUCAAAUUUAUGUUUCCGGCCGACACGGCUAUUCUCGUUUUCUGUUACAUAUUGUACAAAAUGUUUCUCGCUGAAGUCUCGGCUGUGUUGUACCUGUACACGAGACCAAGGAGCCGAAGUAUUUGAUUCGAACUAGUAGCGGAAAUCGCGAAACGACCUGUGUACGCUGAUGUCACAACAUCUUGAUGCUGUGUUGGAUACAAAAACGAACGCUGGAUAAAAACGAAAAGAAAAGCCAGGAGGAGCAAUCCUGUAGUCACGAGUGCAAAAAUAAACAAGUUCUUGCACUUAGAAAUCUACGAAUACACAUUUUCAAACUGUUUUUGCUCCUCAGGCUGCUUAUCCUGUUGCGCACACUGUGCCAAGUUUUUCCACCCGUGCAGGUUCGCGACCACGAUGCAGGAGCAUCAACCGGAUUUAGGAG